GAGCUUACAUUUCACACAACAAACACCAAGACAUAGUGAAGCUUGUUAUAGCUCACCAUGGCUUUUUCCACCACCAUGAAACUUGUUCUUUUCUCUGCACUCACACUCCUCUCAUUCCAAUCAGUGUUCUCUGUUACACCAUUGCAUUUUCAACAUCCACUUGAUCCUUUAACCAAAGAAGAGUUUCUGACUGUCCAAACCCUAGUCCAUAACAAAUAUCCCACCUCAAAGAACACAGUAUCUUUCCACUAUAUUGGUCUUGAUGACCCUGAAAAAGAUGCUAUUCUCAAAUGGGAAACUUUGAAACCAAGUGUUAUAACUAUCCCUCGUAAAGCCUUUAUCAUUGCUAUCAUCAAUGGCCAAAACCAUGAGAUACUAAUAGAUUUAAGGUUGAAGAGAAUUGUCUAUGACAAUGUUUACAAAGGGAAUGGUUUCCCUACACUAACCGUUGAUGAACAAGCCAUUGCAAUAGAACUUCCAAAGAAAUAUCCUCCUUUUAUUGCCUCAGUGCAAAAGAGAGGUUUGAAUCUCUCUGAGGUGGUUUGUUCUAGUUUCACUAUGGGAUGGUUUGGAGAAAAAGAGAAUAGAAGGACUGUGAGAGUUGACUGUUUUAUGAAAGAAAGUACUGUUAAUAUAUAUGUUAGGCCUAUUACUGGAAUCACCAUGGUGGCUGAUCUUAGUCUAAUGAAAAUUGUUGAGUACCAUGAUAGAGAUGUUGAAGCAGUGCCUACUGCUGAGAAUACUGAUUACAGGGUUUCAAAACAAAGUCCACCAUUUGGACCAAAACAGCAUAGUCUUGCUAGUUAUCAACCUCAAGGUCCUGGCUUUCAGAUCAAUGGUCACAGUGUUAGCUGGGCCAACUGGAAGUUUCAUAUAGGAUUUGAUGUACGAGCUGGUAUAGUGAUAUCACUUGCAUCUAUUUACGAUCUAGAGAAACAUAAGUCUCGCCGUGUACUCUACAAAGGCUACAUUUCCGAGCUAUUUGUGCCUUAUCAAGACCCAACCGAAGAGUUUUACUUUAAGACUUUCUUUGAUUCUGGAGAGUUUGGAUUUGGUCUGUCAACGGUGUCUUUGAUACCUAAUCGUGAUUGUCCACCACAUGCUCAGUUCAUUGAUACAUACAUUCACUCGGCUGAUGGUACACCAAGCCUAUUGAAGAAUGCAAUUUGUGUGUUUGAACAAUAUGGUAAUAUCAUGUGGCGUCACACUGAAACUGGCAUUCCUAAUGAAUUCGUCGAAGAAUCUAGAACCGAAGUGAAUUUGAUUGUAAGAACAGUAGUCACCGUGGGAAACUACGACAAUGUUUUAGAUUGGGAGUUCAAAGCAAGUGGUUCUAUCAAGCCUGCUAUAGCACUGUCGGGUAUAUUGGAAAUCAAGGGAACAAAUAUCAAGCACAAGGAUGAGAUUAAAGAAGAUUUACAUGGCAAAUUGGUAUCAGCAAACAGCAUUGGUAUUUACCAUGACCAUUUCUACAUGUACUAUCUUGAUUUUGAUAUCGACGGUGUUCAAAAUUCAUUUGAGAAAACAAGUUUAAAAACCGUAAAAAUCACCGAUGGAAGUUCAAAGAGAAAGAGUUAUUGGACCACUGAGACUCAAAUUGCUAAGACUGAAUCAGAUGCAAAAAUUACUCUAGGGCUUGCCCCAGGUGAACUUGCAAUUGUCAAUCCAAACAAAAAAACUAUCGUUGGAAACGACGUCGGAUACCGUUUGAUCCCAGCAAUUCCAGCUCAUCCACUUCUAACCGAAGAUGAUUAUCCACAAAUACGUGGUGCAUUUACUAAUUAUAAUGUUUGGGUCACACCUUAUAAUAGAACUGAAAAAUGGGCUGGUGGACUAUAUGUUGAUCAUAGCCGUGGAGAAGACACAUUAGCUGUUUGGACCAAAAAGAAUAGAGACAUUGUGAACAAGGACAUUGUGAUGUGGCAUGUAGUUGGAAUUCAUCAUGUUCCAGCACAAGAAGAUUUCCCAAUAAUGCCACUAUUGAGCACUUCAUUUGAGCUGAGACCAACGAAUUUCUUUGAGAGAAAUCCAGUCCUUAAAACACUUUCUCCAAGAGAUGUUGCAUGGCCUGGUUGCUCCAAGUAAAACUAGCUAGUCUGUGCAAUUUAUAUGCAUUGGUGGUGGAACCAUGAAUAAAUGUUUGUUUGUUUGUUUGUUUUUGUUUGUUGUAUGUUGAAUGAAUGAAUGAAUGGCAGGUUUAUUUUGCGAGUUGAUUUUUGCUUUACUGACUA